AUGAAGGCUGAGAAUCUGUUGUGCAAUGAGCUGUGGCUUUCGAUGAUGACUCCUACGCCUGGCCAAGUUGAAGAAGAACUAUUAGUUCAUCCAAAUGGAAACAAUGGUUUUACUGCAGCUUCCUCGUACUCCAAUGCGGAAGAUUGUGAGGAAGUUUUUCGGGUUUUUCUUCGGAAGGAAAUGACGACUUAUGCUCUGGAGAGCGAUUACUUAGAGCAUGUCAGAGAGAACUUUUGGGUUAAUAAGGCUAGAGUUAAAGCAAUCAACUGGUUUGUUAAGUCUCAAAGGCGGCUGAAUCUCUCACUGGAAACCCUAUUCGAUGCUGCCAAUUACUUUGAUCGGUUCAGUUCUCUCAAUAAAUAUCAAGUUUGUAACGAUUGGAUGAUUGAACUAUUGUCGGUCGCAUGCCUGUCAACUGCUGCAAAACUCAACGAAACUAGCCCACCUUCGUUGUAUCAAAUUCAGAUGGAAGGAGUAGAGAAUUUGUUCGAGUCAAGCCUGAUUCAGCGGAUGGAAUUGAAUAUGUUAGAAACCUUGGAAUGGCGGCUACGUCCAGCAACAUCUUAUUCAUACUUUGAACUCCUCACUAAAAGUAGCAUUAACAAUCUACUCAAGUUCAAUCAGAAGCAACACUUUGGGCCGGAAUUCGAGGAACGCGUCAUUGAGCUUUUAGGUGGUGCCCUUUUAGAUUCUAAAUUCUUGGAGUUCCGGCCCUCCGUGAUUGCAAUGUCCGCACUCCAACACAUUUCCGACGAGUUGGGCUCAGCCAGAGAUGGGCAGAAUUCGGUGUGCAUGGCACGAUUUAGAGCCCUGAUCGCUUCUCCAGAUCAACAGGAGAAAUUAAUCAAGUGCCAUGAGAUGAUGACGAUGAUGAUGGAGGAGAACUCGGUGGACACAAAUUGUAAGAAUUGUGAUGAUCCCUCAAGUCCAGUGACUGUUUUAGCCAAUAAUACGCAAUGCUGCUGUGAUUUCGGCCGAGAUUGCCAAGCAGCUGAUGAUUCCCUGUUCAAGACGAAGAAGAGAAGGAUUGGAUGA